AGCAGAAGCCUCCAACAAGAGCAGUGGAGUUUGGCGUGGAGCGUCGAUUCUACACGAACCGACCACCACUGGCUGAGGGAAGAAUGCUGGAAAACAAGAGAGAAAGAUUGAAAACCUUCUUGAGGAAAAUCGACGAGAAGGCCAUUGUCAGAAUCAAGCACUUCAUGAAAGAGAGCAGCUACCCAGUGGAGAGCAGCGGUGGUGGGCUGCCGGCCAAAGUGAAGAAAAGCAGGAGCAGCUUAAGCAAUGGCAACAUAAAGAAGUUGGAGACCAGGAAAGCCUUGAGCCUGGAGGCUGCCGAGCUUGAGAUCCAGCAACAGCAAAAAACCCUCACCAGACAAGUAGCCAUCAGGUCCCAGACCUUUGAAGUCGACAGCAAAGGCUUUGAGAAGACCGAGGGCACUGGUACACAAAGUAGUUUCAUAAAGCACAACAAGACAUUCCACAAGUUGUUUCCAGACAUUCCUGAGAAUGAAGACUUGCUACAUGCAUACAUCUGUGCCCUGCAGAAGGAAGUGCCCUACCAUGGUCGGCUGUACAUCACUGACACCCACGCCUGUUUCUACUCCUCAGUUCUGCUCAAGGACACAAAGGUAGUGAUUCCAGUUUCCUGCAUCCACAUAGUGAAAAAGCAGAACACAGCUUUGCUCGUACCCAAUGCCUUGUCAAUACGAACCACAGAAGGAGACAAGUACCUGUUUGUGUCUUUGCGGAACAGAGAAUCAUGUUAUCAGCUGCUGCGUUCAGUGUCUCCUCAGAUAGAGGAUGGCAGCACAAAUAGUAGCCCUAUCUUCUCCUCUGCUGAGAACAGCUUUGACAAGAGCAAACUUGUGAACUCCAGUCAGUCCAGUCUAGACGACAGCUUUGACCAUUUCGAUGGUGCUGAGUUGCAGUUAUUACAGGAGCAGACUCUGCACAGACCACUCCGAGAGGCAGUACCUAAUGGAAAUGACUCCUCUUUCAACAACCUGCACAUGCAGCAAAGUGAUAGCUCAUCUUUUGAGGAACUGUCAGUAUCAGGUGGAUCGUGGGUUUGGAAUGUGACUGAGAAGGCCAAGUCCCUGCUGGUUCAGAGAGAGGCCAGCACCCUCAACACCCUACUCUUCAUUUACUUGAUAUUGAUUGUGCUGCUGCUGCUAUCUUCAGGCUACAUUGGUUUACGUAUUGUGGCCCUGGAAGAACAGUUGACAUCCUUGGGUGCACUGCCCGAGUUCACCUUACAGAGCGGGUACCACCAAGACACAUAACACUCAAUGACUGAAGGAGAGAUUGGUUGACUUGUGAUUGGAGGAUUACUUCAGCCUUUUCCAGCAGAAUCCAGCGGGAGAAAUUUAAUGUACUCAAGACUGUGCUCCCAAUAUGGCCAAAGCUGUUGCAUAGAGGAAGAGUGGCCAACCUGUGCAAUUUCAGAGACAACUUGUUAACUUGAAGGGCUAUACUUUCUCCUAGUGCAGCAGGUAAAGGACAUGCCACGACUUAUUCACACAGAGCCGAGCCAAAAUGCAUACACACACUGCCUGGUUGCAGUGUGUCCGUCGUUUAAACCAAAGCCAAAACGGCUCUAACUUAGCAAGGUGCCACACUAGGGACACUUGUCUGACAAAAACUGUUCCACGUCUGUGAAAUUAUGUUAUCCAUUGUCCUUCAUACAUAUUCUUCUCGCUGAGCAUGCAGUCUGAACAGGGCUAUACCAAUCAGCAUAAGCCAGCUGUAGUGGUUAUUUAUUGCACCUCAACAUCAGAGACGUAGCGCUAGGCAUAGCCAAAAUGCACACGGUGCACGUCUUUUUGCAUGAGUGCACAGACAUGACUUUUAAAUGAUUUUUCUAUCUCUUAUUUACCCUUCCAUCUACCUGCAGUAUAAACAGACAUUUAUAUCCUUAUAUUCAGUAACUGUUGGGUACUUCUCUUCGAUGGUUAUCUUUCUAAUCAGCUGUGGGUUGAAAUGAUGAUAUCUCAGCUCCAAAUUUCCGAUCAGCCCACCUAGGCUUGAUCCUCUCCUGAUGGUCUUUAUCCUUUCUCUCUUUCUCCAAUCAGCAGUGAUUGCAGUAUUACUUUUCCUCGUCUUCGGCAUGAUUUAAACCUGUUUUAAUGAUCAAUGCUCAGAGGUUAUUUUCCCUCCGGUCUCUACUGGAUGAAUGCAUCAUCAAUGCACAAAUAUUUAGUACAAUAGGACGCAAGGUGGUUGUCUUUUUGUGUACGGCUUUUCUAGGUUUGAUGUCUGGUUCAGAUUUUUUGUUGGUGUCUACCAGGAAAAGACAUGACCACAAUAUGUUGAAGUACAAAACUGUCUCUUUGACUAGCCUCUUGAGGACCAAGUGGCAUUUCCAGAAGUUUCAGGUUAUAAAAAGUAGCACCGAUAAUGUAUUUCUAAUGUUCGUGCAUGUGUCUGCAAUAUCGACACUUGACUCAUAAUAAUGUGUUCUCACUCUGGUCAGUAGAAGAGGAGAAUUCAAAAACCACACUCAUAAGGUCCAAGUUUUCAACAGCAAAAAAACAAAAAAGUGGUCCCAAAAAUAAGUUUCAAUAUGCAACAAAUUAUUAUGCAUGGCAAAAAUGUAAUUUAUCUUUUUGUGCUGUUUUUAAAUGGCGCUUUAUGUUUGUGAGGAAGAAAUUGUGUAAGACAAGAAAACAAAGAUGUCAGUGGAAGGAAGAGCUCAAGCGAGCGAGCGCACUUUAAAAAUGUGUUGUGCCUGUCACAAUCCAAGGCACCAUGAUUGAAUUGAGAAGAAAAGGCAAAGCUGGUGUUCUGUGGUAUCUGACGGUGCUAAGACCUUUUUUUUCUCUUUUUUUUUUCCUUUUAAAAAAAAAAAUGUUUUCACUCAGGGGUGGUGGGCACUACCUGCCACAUGGUUUUAGGUUUUCAGCUUUUCGUUUGUCUAGUGCUCGUGAUGGGAUUCACAUUUUGUACAUCUAGGCUUUGGUGGUUUCUCGAACGUCCCUUUGAGAGAGAACACUAUGUUUUCAUCAUGAUUCAUUUGACUUUAUUAAUUGAUAUAACUGUAUUGAGCUUCUCAGAAUGCUUGCUUUUUUCCAUUAUUCACCCUCUUAUGACCUUUUUAAACUAACAAUGCAUAUCCACGCCACAUCUCAGUGAUUUAACAUCACCUUUGUUGUGGAAGCUCUUCUUGACAAAAUUUAAAUGCAAGUGAGUGUACUUGUGUCACAUUUCAUUACAGGAGAGUCUUUUACUUAUACUACUCUCAAAAGGUUUUUGUCAACAUGCCAUACACAGUACUGUAAAUUCUUAUAUUCCCCCACCAGGGGGCAGCACACACAUCCACUGUCCUCGAAUGGACUCAAUGCAAGAAUCUCAAUGAUGAGGGCAGUAUUUGUGUGGUUUUGCACUAUUCAAAGUGUUGUAAAUAAUUUUGUAAUGUCCGUAAUUCUACUAUGGUCCUAUAUAUAUUUAUUUGCAUUCUGUGUAAUUCAAAGUAGUCUCUGUGAGAUGGCUUUGCUAUUGUUCAAAAUAAAUCAAAUGUUGCGAAGUAAAUAAGAA